GGAGGGAAAUUGGUCAGCGCAGGGAAUGCUGAGUUUUCUUAGUUUUUAUACCAAUCUGGUUUGAUCGACAAAACAGCUGUUAGAGGGCUUUUAUUUUGAUAUUAUACAUUAGACAGUCACAGUACUGACAUUGUGCGAGUGACAAUAUUAUUAUCUGAGUCGGAUCCGAACCUUCAUGUUAUCAGACGUUAUUUUUUAGCAUUUGUAUUAUUUCAUAUUUAUUUACUUUUUAUGUCAUUGUUUGUGUAUUUCUAUUCCUUAUUGACAUUCUGACUCAACGCGCCAAAUUGUAGGCGUAUUCUUUAUAGGCUAACGUUAAUGGUUUUCCAAGGCAAAACAUUUAUCAUGAUCACGGGAGACACGAGCAACGGAAGUUAAAGUAAGAUCAGUCGGAAUCAGAGCUCGUCUCGAUGUAAUAGAAAAGCUCAACAAGACGUCGUCGGUGAGAGAAAUUGAAUUGCACAAUACAGCUGUGUACGGUUUCAGAUCAUAAAAUUUGACCUGUCGGAUUUUGGAUCAACGUACUAUUUUCCAUCAUGACUAGCAAAACAUUUCGCACGCUCAGGCCCCUGGAACGUAAGAGUGGUUCGGACAUGCCUACACUGCAACCUCUACCACCAUGUAAACUGCGGCCUCAACCACCGUCUAAACUGCGACCUCAACCACCGUCUGCAGUGCGACCUCAGCCACUUCCUAGACUGAGACAACGACCAGCGCCUCAACAACACCCAGAAGAAAUUGAGAUGAAGAGGGAGAUCACUCGCAGUUUCCGUAACACAAUUGUGCUGAGAGAAAGGUCCCGGAUGUCCAGCCGAGGGCAGUGUGUCAAGCUCCCUCCUAUCCCCGGCUCUUCCCGAGAUGACAGCUCAAACCUCAGCCAGAGCUUUGAGAGAGCCCAAAAAGACCAAGACAACCUCAUUAAGAGCAUGGUGGAUGAGCUGUCGAAGAUGGAGCGGCGGUCAGAGCUGUCACGCACUUCUCAUCAGCAGAGCAUGGACAGUCUGUUAAAGCGUCAUGUGCUUCGGCUGGAAAAACAAGCACUCGACUUCAACAACAAACUCGAAGAACUUCGCUCAGAGUAUGAUGCUGAAAGGGAGCCGAUUCAUUCACAGAGCGAGCGGGAGAGUGCGUAUUUGAAGGAUGUAACGUUUUUCAUGGAAAAGCACAACGCUAAGAUUUACCCUGAGGCGAGACGUGACUACGAGAACAGUUGCAAACAAAUCAGAAAAAAGCACAAAGGGGAAUAUGAAACAGUGGAAACACAGAUGAAAGAGGUCAUUGAAGAACUGAGGGAAUACAAGCCGACGAGAUCUCAAUUCUGGAAGUUUAAUGAUGUUUCAUACGAAAAAAAGAAAGAAGAAUAUGACUCUCUGCUUCUCGAGUUUAAAGAGGUGGAGGUAGAUAAACAGUGCAUUCAGGAAUUGGAGGAGUCCAUCUCAGAUCUGGAAUGUGAGCUGAUGUCUGGUGAAUGCCAAGAAACAGUUCAACUUCGUUCAGACUGUGUCAAGCGCGUCCAGGAUAUUCAACGCUUCAGAGACCAGAUCAAGGAGAUCCAAACCACUCGGACAAAUCUGGCCACUAAACCUGUCAUUCAGUUCAAAAAUAUUACUGAAAAACUACAGGAGACAACAGCUAUGGGGGAAAGGUUAUUGCGUUACUCUAAGCUGUGCAGUAAGAUGGAGACGAAGUACGAGAAGGUUCUGCCCUUCUACAAGUCAUCGUUGAGUGAAGAAGAGCUGAGUCAGGUGAAAGCCAAUGCCAUGAAGUCGGCGGAUGAGGAACUCACUCAGCUAACACAUGACAAUGCUUCUUUUGAGAAGUUUUGGCAGCGUCACAACAAGGUGAAGCUCGACAGUUUGUGUCUGAAGCGAGAGAAAGAGCUUCAGUUACAGGAGAACCAACGACUGAGGAGCUGUCUGGAGCAGUACCUGGGUGAAGGUUUCGAUCUCUGAUGAGAGUUUUCAACAACAAAAGCUUCCAGUUGUGUCUUCUUCAACUCUACAUACCCCCGCUGCCACUAAGAGACGCGAUCAAAAGCGUGAUGUGGUCCAAAAAUCAGCGAAUAUUGUACCGUAAUGGAUGGCUGGAGUCAAGCAAAGAAGGACCCAAAAGCAAACUUUAAUAUAACUUAAUCAAAACUCAACACACAAAACAACAACAACACAGAAAAAACAGUCGGUCUGUCCCCGAGCCAAUGUG